AGGCACCGCACACCUUCCUAAGAUGGCGGAGGGGACAGCAGAGACGCCACCGCGUCUCCCCGAGCUGCUGGAAUCGGGCUGGCGGCUCUUGGACGAGGUGGACGCCAGUACCGAGCCCUCCUCGGGGGUCCCGGCGGUCCAGGACAAGGUCCGGCGGGGGCUCGAUCUCCUGCAGCAGGCAGCCCGCGGCGUAGCGCAGCUCGACCUCUUCAGCCAAAAUGAAGACCUGGAGGAGAUUGCAUCUGCUGACCUGAAGUAUCUGCUGUUACCUGCUUUGUUGGGAGCCCUCACCAUGAAACAGGUCAAUCUUAGCAAGCGUCUGGAGCAUGUGCAGAGUGCUCGUGCCCACUUCAUGGACUUCCUGAAGCUCUGCAAGAACUACCAGAUUGGCAAGUUCCACCUUCCACCAACACCAGAGAGUCCUAAUGAAAAUGAGCCUACAGAGAGUACUUCCGGGGCUGGCCCAGCUGGCAGACAGUCCAGUCUGGUGGCCAUGGCAUCUAGUAGACAAGCAAAAAUUGAAAGAUAUAAGCAGAAGAAGGAAGUGGAGAAUAGGUUGGCCUCCAUGAAAGCUUUUGUGGAGAGUGGCCAGGCGGAGGAGGAACAGAUACGGGAAUUCUACGUGCUGCAAAUCCAGAAGUGGAUCACAACAAGCCUGGACGAAAUCGAGAGCAUUGACCAGGAAAUGGUGAUUUUGAGAGGAAGGAAUGCACUAAAACAGGCUUCAGCACCUCCUCAGACUUCUCAGCAUCCCAGGACUGCAAUGAAACCUUUCAUUCUCACCCGAGACGCCAUGCAGGCUAAGGUGUUAGGAGCUGGCUAUCCUAGCCUGGCAACUAUGACAGUAAAUGAUUGGUACGAACAGCGCUGUAAACAGGGCAUCAUGCCCGAUAAAGGCAAACCCCAGACAACAACAGCAGAUCUUUCUGAAGAGGAGCUGCAGAAAGAGCAGCAGGAGAAGAAGGUGGAAGAGGAUGAUGAGGAAACUCUACAGAAAACUCGAGCCUGGGAGGACUGGAAAGACACACACCCAAGGGGAUUUGGCAACCGAAAGAACAUGGGCUGACUGUCGAAGGGAUGAGUAGAGUAGGAGAGUCUCAACUGAGUACACUCCAUGAUAUAGCAGGAGUAUAUAGCUGUACAUAUGCAGGGUGGUCCUUGGUUUCUGCUGGGGGCUCACCUGUGGAAGGGGAGUGAACAGGACAGUUUGUCUUGAUUUACAUUAAAUAUCAGAGAGUGCACUUGCCAUGGAGUGAUGGUGAUGUGGCAAAGCUUCAUCAAGUGGGGGGGCCUUUACUUGAGGGAUCAGAGCAAAACUUCCCUGAUCCUCCUAAUCAGAGGGAGUUGUUAAGCAGAAAGUCUAUUAAUUUGAAAGUGGCUCUUUGUAUUGUUGAUGGCUGUAUUUAUUUUUCUCUAUUUUUAAAAGAAUAAAUUUCCUUGUGCUGC